AUGCUGCGGGCACUCUCCCGGCCCUUGGGGAUCUUUGGGCGCACCCCCUCCGAAAAUGACGCUGGCGGCGUGGCUGCCGCACCGCGGCGGCCCCCGCUGAGGAGCGAGGAACGACCGCCGGGGGUUGCGCCGCGUACCACGAAGGACUCGGCGAACCUCGCCGCUUGCAUACACCGCCACGGCGGACCGUCGGGAGGGAGGGCGGUGGGUGCGCUGUUGGGCGCGGACACGACGCGUGGGCGCGGCGGGCGCGGUCGCGGGCAGUGUGCCCCAACGUUAUUGGACGGCGGCCUGCCCACACAGACAUCCGCACAGGGGUGGGGCGUCGCCACCGUCAAUCACCCGUCCACGGAAGCCAUACGGCGAUACCGCCAGAGUUUGCCUGCUGCGUCCCGCAGUCGUGUCCGGCGCGUUGCGCGUGUGCCCGUCGGUUACUACCGUGCGUCGCACCAUGGCGGGAGCGUCUCAAGCCAGCCGGUGGGAUUUCGCCUCCGCGUGGAAGAUGACGCCGGCGGCAGCAAAUGGGAGGAUUCCCUGUCGUCGCAUGGAGGCUCGACGGUGACAGUGCGGCCUUGCGUUGCGCCCCUCCGCCGGCACCGUCCGCUGAGUGAGGAUGCGAAACUUAGUGGUCCCGGCCAAAGCG